UAAAAAUAAACACAUGUGAUUUUUUGAAAAGUUUAAAAAAAACAUAUUUAAUUAAGCACUAAUUCACAAAAAUGCCAAAAGCCAGGAAGUUUAUUGAUAAAAAACAUGCUGUAACAUUUCAUCUUGUACAUAGAAGUCAACAAGAUCCCCUAGCUGCUGAUGAAGAUGCUCCUCAGCAUGUGCUUCUUCAAGCUAUAGAAAAAAAGAAAAAGGUUGAUGUUAAAAAACAACGUGAAGAACUGCAUAAAUUUGGUAUAUAUUACGAUGAUGAUUACGAUUAUUUGCAACAUUUGCGUGAAGCAAGCGAUCAACAGGUUAGUUGGGAACAGGCUCCAGCAAAAGAAGAAAAGCCUAGAACCAAGUUAAACGAAGAUGCACAAAUAGAAAGAAUUAAUAAAUUAAAUCUUCCAAAAAAUGUUUUUGCCUCAGAGAAAGAAGAAAAAGUUGGAUUACUUAACAAAGCUGCUCCACAAGGGUUAAAUCUUAAUUUAGAUCCUGAUAUUGUUGAGGCUAUGGAUGAAGAUUUUGAUUUUGAUGAUCCAGAUAAUCAACUUGAGGAUAAUUUUAUCGAAUUAGCAAAUGCUGUAAAUUCUGAUGAAGAUGAAAUGGAUGACGAAGAUGUUUCAUCAGAUAUGGGUGGUUAUUCCUCUGAAGAACAAGAUGAAGUACCGAGUUUAAAUGGAUCCGAACACACUUUUGAUCAUGAAGAAACAAAAUCCAGAUUUACUGAAUAUUCGAUGUCCAGUUCUGUGAUGCGUCGUAAUAAUCAAUUAACAUUAGUCGACGAGCGUUUUGAAAAAAUGUUUGCUGACUAUGACGAUAAUGAAAUUGGUGCUUUAGAUACUGAUGAAAUUGAAGGAUUCGUUGAUCCAAAUUCGGACUUACUUAUGCAAUGCGCUGAUGAAUUCGAAAAAAUGAAGGCCAGGAAACAAUUAGAAAAUGAUGCUAUACAACUUCGAGCUAAAUUGCUCUUAGAAGAACCACCGUCAGAUGAAGAGAAAGAAGAAUUAAGAAAUUUAGAUAUUACAGAAAAACCAGAAGCGAAAUGGGAUUGUGAAAGUAUUUUAUCAACUUAUUCGAAUUUGUAUAACCAUCCAAAAUUAAUUUCUGAACCGAAAGGCGAGAGAAAAAUUCGGAUUAAUCUUAAAACAGGAAUACCGAUGAAUGUAUUAAACAAUUCGAAUAAAUUAACAGCUAAAGCUCUAGCCCAGUUUGAUUUAGAACAGAAUAAAUCAUUCCCAAAAGGGCCACAAUCGUGUGCGGAAUCAGUUUUGUCACGAUUGAGUGUUUUAUCUAUACGAAAUAAGGAUGAAUCCCCAGAAGAAAAGAAAAAUCGAAAACAUUUACUCAAAGAAUAUCGCCGUGAACGUAGAUUAGAAAAGAAAGCAAAUGCUGAAGCUUUCAAAGAAGAGAAAAAGAGACAAGAAAAAAUUUUAUUGAAUAAUAAAAAUAAUGUU